AUGGUGCCACAUGUUUGUUACCCCAAACACAUAAUAUUACCAGUAGCUAGACCAGUAAUGUUUUUGUCAUCAAAUGACACAUAUCUUAACACUCAGUGCGCAUUAUGCAAUGAUGAAUUUAUUUCUGAUAUUGUUCCUUGGGAGAUGGAAAAGAUUUGCCGGUAUCAAUCAGCACUGUUUUCAAAUGACGAUUUCGAAAUACUUUACCAGUCUGUGUUCUUAAAUGAUAUUCCUGUCUGUAACGUUGCUUUUAGUCCCCCUAGCUCCAUUCAAAAGAUUGUCAAUCCCUGUAUAACAUACACACCUAGACUUGACUCUACCUGUAACCGAACGAUCAAAUUUUGGGAAGAAACACGGUCUGUUUUCAUCGAUGCUUGCCAGAAAUACUACUUACCUUACAAGAAUUCCGACAAAGUUUAUAAAAACCUUUAUUGUGCUUUGUGUGAUGAACUGGUUUUUGAUCUUACAAUUCAAAAUGACUUUGAUGGAUCAGGUAUUAUCACGUACAUGCUUUCAACUUUUUCAGCUCUGAUGGAUUUCAAACGAACAGUGAAUAUAGAGCACACAAAAGACGUAAAAUGCGCAAGAAAUCAGAUUUUUGACAGUAGAAUGUCGAAGUGUCUGGAUAUCAGAUGUGAAGCAGAAUACGUUUACAGCAACUCAACCUGCCAACUUCGUUAUACGAUGCUUGGGAAGUGCAACUACGAGGUAAAUCUAAUGGUCACUCUUCCAGAAGAUUCCAAAAUGAUAAACUGGGACAAAAAUUUACGUGAAAUCGAAUCAGCUAUGGCAAACGUUAUAAUUGUUGAAAAUUUGUAUGAUUAUCUUUGCCGAAUUUCAAUUUUAGCUCCUUCUAAAUCAGAUUUUUUGGCUAUAGUGCUGGAACUGUCCGUAGGCCAUUAUCAUAACGUAGACUUCAUGAUACAGAAGCUGAUGAAUAUAUUUUCUGAACAGAAAUUGCCAAUAAAUAUACCAUCUUUGGGGCGCGAGAUUUACGUCAAACUGUCUGUUGUAGGGCAACGAUUUCAUAUUCACGGUAAUUCCUUAUUUGCUACACAAAUUCAUGGCCGUUGCUAUCUGAAUCCAAUGAAUAUGGAGAAACUGAAAUUACACCCGGGUGUACCAGAACUAAAUGUCCUUCAGUAUGACUACAGACGGCCAUAUUGUUUAAAAAAUGAUAUGGCGGUAGUCGUAGCCGACUGGUAUCGCUGCCCUAAAGUGAAGCUGACAACAAGAGACGUCAGAUUAGAUAUUUCAAAUUUUUCUGUAUGUCUUGUAGACUAUCAAGUCUGUUUUUCCUCACAACAUUUCAAGGAGUCCCAAGAUAAACGCAGUGUAGAAAUAUGCCUGGACGAGUAUCUUAGAGUUAUGAGCCAAGCAAACAGUCAAGGGGAAUCCUCAGAAGAACGCCUAAUGAAGUAUUUUUCACUUGCCUGUCUCUCCCUUUCUUCUAUUGCUUCUUUGGUAACUAUACUCACUUUCAUUCUUAAUAAAUCCCAAAGAUCAAUCGCAGAUGCCAACAUUAUAACAUUAGCUGUGUUGUCAGUUUUGGCAAAUACAGUCUACACUUUCUCAAAAUUUUUUCUUUGGAAUGAAUCCAUUUGCAUUGGAAUGGGCAUGAUGGUUCAUUUUCUCUGGCUCUCUGUCAUAUGUUGGAUGAGUUUAUCUACCUUCCAAAUCUUUCAAUCCUUUACUACUUUAUCAGCUCCACAGAAAAAAGACGGUUCGCGGGUAUUAUUUUUCUUACUGGUUGAUGCCGUUCUAUGUUUGGCAAUAGUUGCUGUCAAUUUAAUUGUAAGCUCUGUCCAAAGUGAAUGGAAGAGUCUUGGCUACUCUCCUCGUACCUGCUACAUUGAUGAACCAAACAUGACCCUCUUUACUUUUGCAAUUCCAAUUGGUUUAUGCAUCUUUAUCAAUUCUUUCAUGUUUCUGGUGACAUUAUCUCGAAUUUGUGUAAAGAUCGAUAUUAGAAAGUCAAAGGAAGAGAGUAGAUUAAGUGCGUACUUCAGGCUUUCUACCCUCGUUGGUGUAGCCUGGUUUUUUGGCUUUCUGGCUCAGUUCACUGAAUUACAAUUAUUUUCCAUGUUGCAUACGCUCUUUAAUGGUGGGCAUGGCAUUUUUAUAUACCUAGCUUUCGGAUUACCUCUGAAUCUUAAAUCUUUUUCACGCACUUUUAAAAAGGAAGAGAAUAAUGCGGAUGAUACAAAAUAA